CGGCUGAGCGCAGUUCAGUGUUCAGUAAGCAGCAGCUGCUGUCAGCUCCACAGAUUGAGCACUGUUAGCUGAAUUUGCAUAGCAAACACAGCUCUGUGGGACGACUAUAUGGCCGUUCUUCUUUUUUUAUACAAUUUUGGGGGGCGCUGCCAAGUGAAUUUUGCCAGAUAAGGAAGUAACGUAGUGCGAAAAGAAGUGUUUUCAGCCAGUAACCAGCAGUUAAGAGGACGUUAGCAGAACUGAAAUUGGAGCUAACAUUGGUUAACGAGCUAAUGCUAGCUUGGCGACGCGAUGACAUGCAGAUAUAUCCAAGAUGAUGUAAGGCAUCUCUGCCUGUAUUGACCAAGAUGACUGAAGUCCAGGCCACAGUGGAGUUCUCCGUGGAGCUGCACAAGUUCUACAAUGUGGACCUGUUCCAAAGAGGGUUCUACCAGAUGCGUGGCAGUCUUAAGGUGCCUCCUCGUGUUCCGCACAAAGUUGAGACCAGUCUCCUUCAUCCAGGAGGCUCUGAUCUGGCAUUUCCUGCUUCAGUCCAGGAUGAUGUCAUCAGCAGCAAAACUUUCCAAAUCUUGUAUAAGAAUGAAGAGGUUGUUGUCAACGAUGUUCUUCUCUUCAAAGUGAUGAUGCUUGUGGAUGAGAAGAAGUUGGAAGAGUCUCUCAAUGAAAUGGAUUUUCAGCUCUUCCUGGAUUUGUAUUUCACAGAUGGCGAUUAUACACCAGAAGAUCCAAGUUCUCUGCAGAAUAUUAGUGGUCGUGUACUUCAUUUGCACUUUAGUCUUCAGCGGGGCAUCCACCAACAUAUCAAUGUCAUGUUUGACUACUUCCAUCUGUCUGUCAUCUCUGUAGCCAUCCAUGCCUCCCUUGUGGCACUACAUCAACCCCUAAUCAGUUUUCCUCGACCUGUAAAAGCCACAUGGCUGAACCGAAACGCUCCCGCACAGAGUAAGGAUUCAAUCAUCCUGCCUCUGGAGAACGUUGUCUUUGGCAGCAGCUAUGUGAAGCAGGUGUCACCAGAUGGGAGAACAUUCCUCGUAUCAGACAACUGUCUCCAACAUGCCUUCAGCAUGCACCACAACCUUUGCUCCAUUCUCCUAAUAGCCUACCGGGGCCUCUUUGAUUAUUUUACCUCUAUAACCAAGGACCUGCCCUCGUCCCAUCGUAUGGAACUAGCCAAGCCCAGCAUGCAGGCCCUAUAUGAGAGAGUACUCAGAAGACCAUACCCCCGAGGGCAAAGGCACGUCUACAUAGAACAACUUGACUUGGAGGCCCGUCUAGCUGAGCUGUGUGAACAAGUAAAGCUAAGGGCGGAGUCACCAGACGAGCUUGCAGAACUUGUUAAUAUGAACUUGGCGCAGCUCUGUUCUCUGCUCAUGGCUCUCUGGGGACAGUUCCUGGAAGUUGUGUCCCUGCAGGAGCACGUUGCUGCCCUGCUAGCAAUGGAGCACCACACACUAAGAGUAAGACGGUUUGCUGAGGCUUUCUUUUGUCUUGAACACCCAAGGCAGUCUGCAUUGGCAUAUCAGGAACUACAUGCUCACAGUCACCAACAGAUGACUAAUGCCAUCAAAAGCUCCAGCUACUUUUUGUGCUUGCCUCCACUACCAGUGGAAUGUGCAGACCUUGAUGGGGACGUAAGCUCUUUGCCAGUUAUUUUUGAGGAUAGAUACCUUGAAUCCAUCACGGAAGAUCGUGACGGGCCAUGGCUCGGCGUGCACAAUACAAGAAUUGCUUCAGUUUCCAGUAAAACUGACAAGUCUAACACAAAGGACUGCAGUGCAUCAGCCAGUGCAAUACCUGAGUCACGGAGUGCUCUUCUGGAUAACACCUGGCCAGAAAACUUUGAUCCACCACCCAAGUCCAAAGGAAAAUCGGUAAAACUGAAGAAAAACUCAAAGACCGAGAACUCCAAGAAGUUGACCAGACAGGGUUCCAAGGACUCUGUGGUUUUAGUGGGUUAUAAGAACCUUAAAGGCCCCCAUAGCAAUAUUAGCACAAAGUAUAAAGAAGAGGAGGGUUCUGGUAGCCAAAAUGAGGAGCAAGAUACCUUGCAGCUUGACUCAAGUAGCUUUUCACAGACUAAUGCAAGUUCUGUUUUUGACUCUAGUGGCACAUCAACAAAUCUGGGAAACAGUGCUGAUGACUCUGUUACAGGCUACAAUAUAACUACGGCAGCAAGUAAUAAAGCUGUUUUUAAAAAUCUUUCUGCCUUGGACUCAAAAAGCAGUUCUCAGGCUGGUACUGGGGCUAUUAUCACAAGUCAACCAAUUCCUAAAGGUGUUCAUGUAGACCACAUUGGCCAAAAACAGCAACUAUGGUCUUCUGGCCUAAUGGAAAAAGAGUCAAAACCAAGUUACAAAGACCCCAUCCAAGGUGAUAAAGUAAACAUUCUUCUGCCAAAUCAGACGGGUACAAAUCAUAGCAAUAAUAUCCCUAAAAUCACCCAGACAGAUCUUUGUAAUUCCCAGCAGUCUGCAGUGGAAUCUGUUUUUGAAAGAUCAACUAAAUCUGCAGCACAACGUAGUCCGGCCUGUGCGGUCACAGUGCAGGUGAAGAGUGACUGUAUCAGGUUCCAAGAUGUAGGGGCCACUAGUGCCUCAUCUCGCCUCUCAGGCUCUGGGAUUGAGAGUGAGCCCAGCUCCUUUGCCACUCAGCUGGUUCUAGGACCACAAGCAGGUCCAGGCUUCAGUGAAUCGGGUGUCCCUCCUUCACAAACUGAAAAGACUGUCCAAAGUCCUGCUCCGCUACCUGUUCAGCAGAAUACAAUGCAGAAGCCCAGCGGCACAGAAAAUACAAGUGCUGUAAGUGAAGUCCAGUCCUCACUUACUUCCAUCAACUCCCUGCCCUCAGACGAUGAGGGCGAAGGUUCUAAGAGCUCCACUGAUGCCAAAGUCCGAGGCAGAGAGUCCAGGAUUUUGGUGCAAGAGCAGAGUGUGGUGUUCUCUGGAGAUGUUAUUAAAAGAACUGAUGUAGCCUGCAACCCUGACACCGUUGCUGGUGAUUUUCAACUUAGAAAAAACACAUUUGACCAGGAAACGGAUUUUAAAUUUGCAGGAAGUUCUGAAAUUGGAGUGGAGGAAGUAAGUGGAUUGGGGACCUCAAAAGAAUCCCGCAUUGAACCCCACACAGCUUGCCCUUCCAGUAACUCUGCCACCAGUAGCACUGAUCUGGUGAAACGUGGGAUGGUAGAGAAUUACUUUGGCUCUUGCUCCAGCACAGACGUGUCUGAGAUCAGCCCUGUGGAAACAUCUGCCAUAAUUCAGGCAGAGGCUCCUGUUGAGGAGGAUGAGGAUGAGACAGAACAUGAGAUGAUUGAGAACGGUUACUAUGAGGAAGGUGAUGGCUAUGAUUUUGUAAACGGCAUUGCAGAUGACGAUCAAACUGCAUCUGGGGUUGCUGCUCCUCAAGAGACACGCCUUCUGUUUGAGCAACUUAGCACUGAUCAUCUGCAUGAAACUAAGGAUUCAUCAAAAGCUCCUUUAUGCUCCAAACCAGCCUCCAGCAUUGUUCGAUAUAGUAUAAGUAAAUCUCCCUAUUCCUACAGUUCCUCAUCAUCCAGUCUGCACUGGUAUGAAUGUGCACCUGCGCCACAGAUGACAGCGUUCAUCAAGGCCAAAGACGAAAUGAAGCAGCUCAAGCUCCCUGGUUUCUUGUACAGUGAGGUCCCCGAACUGGCAUCCACCGUUCCCUAUUUCAGCUUGGAGGAGGAUGAAAGCUGUGAGGAAGGCAUCCAUCUCAUUGUGUGUGUUCAUGGUCUGGACGGUAACAGUGCAGACUUGAGACUGGUGAAGACUUACCUGGAGCUUGGACUGCCUGGUGCUCGUAUAGACUUCUUAAUGUCUGAAAGGAAUCAGAAUGACACGUUCGCUGACUUUGAGUCAAUGACCGACCGCCUGCUGGAUGAAAUAGUCCAGUAUAUUCAGAUUUACAACCUCACUGUGUCAAAAAUAAGCUUUGUGGGUCAUUCUUUGGGGAACCUGAUAGUUCGCUCAGUGUUAACCAGGCCCAGGUUUAAAUGUUACCUGAGCAAGCUGCACACCUUUCUUUCCCUCUCAGGACCUCACCUGGGCACACUGUAUAACAGCUCUGCUCUGGUCAACACAGGCCUUUGGUUCAUGCAGAAAUGGAAAAAAUCAGGAUCACUCUUGCAGCUGACAUGUCGUGAUCACUCUGACCCUCGCCAAACUUUUCUGUACAAACUCAGCAAAAAAUCCGGUCUGCAGUACUUUAGGAAUGUGGUGCUGGUGGGGUCGCUGCAGGAUCGCUAUGUUCCCUAUCAUUCAGCUCGAAUAGAGAUGUGCAAAACGGCUUUAAAAGACAAACAAACAGGGUCUGUUUAUGCUGAGAUGAUUGAAAACCUGCUGCUGCCGGUACUUCAGAACAAAGACUGUAAUUUGGUCAGGUACGAUGUCAUUCAUGCCCUGCCCAACACAGCCAACUCCCUUAUCGGUCGGGCAGCCCACAUCGCCGUCCUGGAUUCUGAGAUCUUUCUGGAGAAGUUCUUCCUUGUUGCGGGCCUCAAAUACUUUCAGUAGAACUACAUCUGAAUCAAACACUUGGCUGGACAAAAGGAAUGUGGUGCUGAUACCUCACUGCAAUUAUGAUUAUUAUUAUUUUUUUCUGGUAGUGAGAUUUAGAUCAUCUCCUUUUUAAAACACUUAUAUUACACUUAAUUACCCUUUCAAGCACAUUUUAGGAAAAAUCAUGUUUUUUAUGUUUAUACUGGAAUCCGUAGAUGUAGAAUUGACCCUUUUUUUUCUACCAUCUUUUUUUUUUUUUUUUUUUUACUUUAUUUCUGUGUUAAAGUAUUUCUCCCAUCAAGUUAUAUUUUAGUAUUAUUUAUGUGCUAUGUUUUUAUUUUGAAUUUUAACUAUUUUACUUCAAGUUAACUGAGAAAUGUUGAAUGCGGAACUGGAAAUGUAGCUGCUACAAAAUAAAAUGGUUGUGUUUGGUGAGCUGUCCCAAGUCAGUUCUGCACAUACUGUACUAAGCAUUGAAAAUGUUUUUCCACCAAUUUUAAGAGACAUUGCAUUUUUGCACCUCAAGUACAUUUUACAAGCUUUUGUACAAAGAAUGUCAUUUGUAAAGAGAAGUUACUUUUCUAUCAAAAAUUUCCCAUCACUUUUAAAGGCGAAGGUUGCAUUUGAAAUAGGGUUGUUGCUCAUUUCUUGCAGCUUUGGCUUUGUCCACGAUACUUUAUGCUGUGGGGCGCUCUGCACAUAUACCCAGCCUGGUGUUGGGAGACUAAAGCUUUGCCUUCAACUUGAUGGCAUUUCAUUUUAAGGAUUCUAAGCAAUGAUCGUACAGAAAAAGCACAUAUUGAAAGUAUUUAGUUAAUUAUUUGGUGAUAAUUUAUGCUUCAUGAUCCUCUGUGUGUGUGUAUAUAUAUGUAUAUAUAUCGUUGUACUAUACCAUUAAAAUGUAUACUGUAAAGUAGAUAACCUAAUGCGUCUGUCUUUAUGUUCAUUUUUGGAAAAAGAUGGCUCUUCAAAGACUUUGGUAAAUUAUAGCAAAAAUGGUUUGAAAACGUUACAAUGCCUGCCAAUAAAAUUUUAUCUAACAAA